AUGUCUCGAGUUGCACAGCUCGACUCGAUAGCGCUUGAUAAGGAACUGUAUGGACAGUUCUGGUCCGAGUUUAAUGCUGCUUUCGAUACGAAUGAACGCAAGGAAGAAUGGGAGUUGAUAGUGAACUCCAUUGUGUUUAUGUGCGCGACAAGGUUCCUUCCGCAGUUUGGCUCUAGCUGCACGUACGGAUCCGCGCUCAGUGGUGUGGCUUUCCAGUGCAGGAAACGCACCUUGUAUGUUGUCACCGUAUUGGCUGGGUACUUGUGGAAGAAGAUCACACAUGCUGUUUUUAAUGGUUCUCACGGUGGGAACCAGAUGGUGUGGCUGAAGCUAUACAAAUGGCUUAACUUGUUAUAUCAUGGCUGCGAUGUGACCAACUUCCUGAGAUUUCUAACGGCGGAUGGUGCCCAUGCGAGGGCGUUUUUAUCGCCAUUAUACCGGGUGUUUAAUGUCCAUUCCACGAGGUUGGUUCGAGAUGGCUCUGCGUCUGUCUCUGAUUUUUAUUCAAACUCUGUAUUCGCUGGGUUGGAAUACCAGAACAGACAAUUGCUGUGGAAUGCGCUGUUAGAACUCUUUUCCAAAACACUGCUUACGAAAAGGGGGCUCUUGACCUUUGCCAAAAAGCAACCGAGGUCUCGUUCUGGCACUUUCCCCAAGACAGUCUGUCCCCAUUGUGGCGGUUUCCCGACCAACCCAUACCAGAUUGCUUGUUGUCACGCAAACUACUGUUAUGUGUGUGUUGUAAAGGCUUUGGAAUGGUCUGUGUGUGAUGCCUGUGGGACCUCUGGACGACUGACUGCCUUACCAGUGUACUAA